AUGCUUAUUAGCAGACGAAAGUUCUGUUUCCUUCAGACGCAAUUGUUCAUUGACAUAUUCAGAACAUAUGUUUGCGAUGAAAUUGAUCCGCUUCCCAAUGAUGAUAAUCCAAACGAAGAAGAGGAAGAUAGGUUGGAAAAUGAAAAUUCUGGUAGGAAGAUGGAUUACCUUUCCAUAAAUGUAGCAACUGUUGCGUCUAGGCCAAAUAAUGGGCAAAAAGCACAAUUUUCUGCACCCGCAAAUAGAGAUGCUUCUACUGUUGAAGGAGAUUUGGAUCAAGACACAGAUGAAGUUACUGGUCACAGAAAGCUGAAACCUUGGAUAAAAUCUUUAAAAAUAGGCCUAUUACUGGGAUGUUGGUUAUUGUUCACCGCAAUACUGAUGACGAAAAAUGAAAGAGUUGAAACUCUUAAGCAAAUAUCAAUUCCAGUAGGAAAAGUUCGCAGUUUCAUUUUGCCAGAGAGAUUGAAUGGUGCCAGAUUACAAAUAGAACUAUCAGGAGCAUUUUUACCUGAGCAUUAUGGAAAUUUGUCGAUUAAUUAUAUUGAACUAUGGUUGGAAAUUUUGGAGGUUUCUCAAAGUGUGGAUCCUGCAAAUGCAUCUCACUUGAAAAAGCACGAAGUUCUAUACAUACAUAACAUUUCCGAUGCGUCUUUCUGGCGCCUGCCAAUAGUCUCCGAAGAUCUGUUCGAUAUUGUGCCAGAACUUACCAGAAGGCGCGUCUUCACUUUGGGAAGUUACCCGUCCAGGAAGAUCCCAGACAGCGUCGCCCGUGUUCGAAUGCGCACCAAUGCCGAGGCCAAUUUUCCUCUCAGCAUCGGAUACGAUGUCAGCCCCAUCGACAUGGAUGAUGGAGUUAUUUACGCCGCUGUUGUUCUUUUGGGGCUAUAUAUUUUGAUUGUGUUUGAGAUUGUUCAUCGUACAUUUGCUGCAAUUUUGGCAUCAACAAUGAGCGUUGCUAUUUUAGCAGCAUUGAAUGAAAGGCCAACAAUGUCGGAGUUGAUUUCUUGGAUUGAUGUAGAAACCCUUCUUUUGCUUUUCUCAAUGAUGGUUUUGGUCGCAAUCUUCUCAGAAACCGGUAUUUUUGACUUUUUGGCAGUUUACGCAUACAAGAUCACAUCUGGAAGAAUAUGGCCAUUGAUUAACUGUUUAUGUCUCUUCACGGCGAUAAUGAGUUCUUUCUUGGAUAAUGUCACACCGUCCUGCUUAUGA